AUGGCCGAGCGUUGGAUAGGGUUUAGCCACAGCGAUCAGAAAGCGGCGCAGGCCAGGAAGAGACGAUGUGAGGAAGAGUGGGAGGACGAGGACGAGGACGAGAAGGACGCUCAGUUCUCCCUGGAGGCUCUGAGAGUGCUGGACAGAUUAAAGGACAUAGACUGCCCCUUCCUUGAUGGUCUGUAUAUUACUGGAUCGAGGACAAUAAAACAGUUCCUGUGUACACCCUCAAUUUACCGUUUGCUUAUUCUGGAAUGGUUAUUUACAAGGCUGUAUCCUUCCUUUGGGGAUUCAUUCGCAACUAUGCUGGACUCUGGGGCUAAAGAGAAAAUAGCAGAGAUGACUAGACUUGGCCAUAAACUGAUGUUGUGUGGGCCAGAUGAUCAGGAUCUCAUUAAGGGCUCUACUGGUGUGAAGGAACAGCUUUAUUUCUUUAAUCAGUUACUGGAUGUGGUCACAAGUCUGGGUCCUGAAUAUGUCACCAGUUUCUUCAGUGUGAAGGAGAACUUCCACUACAUAGCGAAGGACAAUGAGAUGCUGCUGAAGAAAGUCUUCGCUUCCCAUGUCCACAAGGAGAUCCUAGAUCCCAAGUUGAAGCCUUUGCCUCUGGACGUACAGCCCUAUCACGGGACAAAGGAAAACCUUCAUAGAGUGCCGCUGGAGGCAAAGAAGACGAAAGUGAAAGAGCUUUCUGAAAAACUGACCAAGCUCACUGAAAUGCUGCAGGCACAUGAGGAAGAGGUCCACAGUUGCCAGGACAGCACCAACAAACUGUUUUUCCUGAAUUCCACCGGUCGCCCUAUUCAGCGUUCCCCCUACCGUGGGAAAAUCUCCAGCCAAGGUAGGGGCACCUUGCGCUUGACUCUCUCAGAUUUCCAUCAUCUGGUGAUUGCUUUUAUACACAUUUUCGAGGAUGAGCUUCAUGAGCACUGUAACCACCCAGCCCCCAAUAUCAACCCGUGUGGUCCAUCUUUCCAGUCUGUAUAUGAUACUCUGACGCUCUGCAACCAGGAACUGAAAGCUGUCAGGGAAGUCAUAGAUACCUCUGAGAAGGUGGAGAAUAUAGUGGAGCAGCCACAACGGGAGAAAGCCUAUUUGGGUGAAGGCAACUACAUGGUGACCUUGCUUGAAAAAUUAAAAGAGUUAAAACGGAAAUAUGAGCUCCAAGACAGUCCUUGGACACCUGUUGUACAUAUGGAUGCAAGCUAA